UUCGGUCUUCCCUUCUUCGUCAAGUUUUCACCUGGAGGUCUCUUGAACAGUCUUGAUCCCUUGCAAAACUCGUGGUUUCAAAAGCAAUUUACGACAUACUUUUAGUGUAGAAACUUGUAGAAACGAAGAUAGAGGACGAUAUUAUAGAUAAAGAAACUCGAGAAAUAGAAGAAAAAAAGUCAACCGAUAAGUACGAUGUCGUAUAGAGAGAAAAUGGAGACUGGAUCAGCAUUGACGGGCGUGGCGAAGCAGGCGGAACAACUCAGAUUAGAUGGAAAGCUCUAUUUCUCAAAGGGUCGUUUCGGAGCUGCCAUUGAUGCCUACACUGAGGCGAUUACCCUGUGCCCUAGCGUGCCUAUAUAUUGGACGAAUCGCGCUCUCUGUCAUCUCAGGCGGAAUGAUUGGACAAAAGUUGAAAACGACUGUCGGAAAGCGAUUCAGCUUGACCACAAGUCAGUUAAGGGCCACUAUAUGUUGGGAGUUGCAUUGCUAGGGAAGAGCAAAUAUUCUGAAGGAGUCAAAGAAUUGAAGAAGGCAUUGGAUCUUGGGAGAGGUGCAGACCCCAAUGGUUAUAUGGUAGAGGAUAUCUGGCAGGAGCUUGCCAGAGCAAAAUACUUGGAGUGGGAGCAAGCAUCCAGUGAACGUUCAUGGGAAUUACAAAGCUUGAAGGAAGCUUGUGAAGCAGCUCUUGAAGAAAAGUAUGCUCUUGAUAUAUCUACAGCAGAAGAACCAUCAGAUGAAGUUACUAUUACCCAUUCGAGAAACAUGGAGGUUCUAAGACAAGUAUUUAAUAGAGCUGCAGAAGCUGACACACCUACUGAAGUGCCUGACUAUCUAUGCUGUAAAAUCACACUUGAUAUAUUACGUGAUCCUGUCAUUACUCCUAGUGGAGUUACAUAUGAGAGAGCAGUGAUCCUUGAGCAUCUUCAAAAGGUGGGUAACUUUGAUCCAAUCACAAGGGAACCACUCAAGGAAUCCCAGCUUAUACCCAACCUGGGAAUAAAGGAAGCAGUUCAUGCAUUUCUAGAUAAACAUGGUUGGGCAUACAAGACAAGUUGAAAUUUAGUUGUAUUGAUGUGCUCAAUGUGUGCGGACUAUUGGAGCAGAGUCAAGUUUCUAGACUUCUGGUAUGAGUUUUUUGUUUUAUGUGCUAUAUGGGUCAUUGAAUCAUUAAUCGAGUUAGGUAAUUAUACAGUGUGGCGUCAAUGUGCUAGCCAUAAUCUCUGGAAUAUGUGAUCCUUUUAAUUGUACAGAGAUUUUAUAUACAAUUUAGUUCCUAACUUGGUAUGGUGUACAGUAUUUUUUUUGAAUCAUAUGGUUAUGGUUGAGUAGA